GCAAGAGCAUUUUUUUUUCACCUUGCCAUCCUCGCCCUCGGCUUGCCCGCAAGGCAUCUUCCUCCUCUAUCGGAUACUAGGUUGCAUCCUGCCAUUUACCAUCCGGAGAGCGGCUGCACCAUGUCGGCAAUGCGGAAACACAACGUCACGACCUUCCCUCGCCUUCCCAUCGUGGAGAGGACGAACCGUCACAUCCAAAUCAAGUGGCACGGCCAGCUAUUAGCCGACUGCCCGCCCGGUGAGGCUUACUGGGUGCUCGAGGCCCAUCAUGCUCCAGUCUACUACAUCCCUCCCAGCAGAGUCCGCCUGCCACUCUCCACUACCCCUCGGUCGACCUUUUCCGAAUUCCACGGCGCCGCCACCUACUACGCCAUUAUGAGCCCCAUUUCCGCCGCCGAGAUCAUAAGCAACAGGAUCUGGUCGUACAACGAGCCGCCCAAGGAGUACGAGGCCAUCAAGGGCUAUCUCGCCUUCUUUGUCGGACCCUGGGAGUGCUAUGUCGACAACGAGAGGGCUCACCCGCCGCCGGGCGACUACUACGGCGGCUGGGUCACGAGCGACAUCGAGGGCCUGGUGAAGCCGCAGUGGGGAGCGCCGCCAGCCUGGGACAGCGUCUUUUAAAAGGGGCUGGUGGGACGAGGAACGACAGAUCGUAAAUAUCACAUCCCUCCCGCGCUAUCUCGGAGAGAUAAUGCUGGGAGCGGUCGCAUGUUCGGUGUCUGUGGCGUUAGGGCAUAACUCAAGGAAGGCAUUGGGCUGGGCGAGGGGAGGGUGUGAAUAGACGGGUAUGUGGCGUAGAAAAAAAGAAAAUAACAAAAAAAGAAUCCAUAUUUCGUUUUCAGAUUCGC